AUGAAAUUUGUUUUCCUCCUUUUGUUGUAUACCCUUUUAAAAAGUGCCAUUUGCGAAAUCAAAGAAUUAAGUUAUCACGAAUUUCACCGAAUGUUAACAACAGAAAAGAAGGAUCCCAAAAAAAUAUAUGCUUUUGAUAGUAAGCCAAAUUUUAAAAACGUAAAUUAUUUUCAGGAUUUCUUACAUUUGAAGACCGAUGUCGAUUUCGUUUUAUAUGUCUAUGCCAAAUGGGACACGGACUCCAAGUACUGUUUGAGAUGCGGCUCAUGGGGGAAGCACACGCGCGACAACCUGAUCACCGUUUUCCGCGAAGUUGCAAGAAUAAUCGCUGAAAAUAAAAUAAAAAUCGAUUUUUACACCUUCAACAUUGAUAAUGCCAAGGAGUUAUGCAAUUUUAUGAAUAUCAAAACCCUGCCAGUUAUACUCUACGUCUCAUCUGUGCAUAAGAAGAAAUACAACUCUCUCCUUUACAAAGCUUUGAGCUCGAGCAAGGAUGUGAAAAUAAGCAACGCCUUCAGGUACAAUGGAGACAUGUACUGCUACGAUUACAUCGUGGAAUGGAUAGAGGCACAUCACUACUUCACCCGCGGGGUCCUGCUAGUUAAAAAAUUAUUUCAGUGGAAGAAAAAGUAA